AUGGGGCAGGCGUUGACGGGCGUGAGUUGCAUAUAUUUUUCUCGGAUUUCAGCCCGCUGUGCAGCUUCUGAUGGUGUUUGCGUUCGCAGCGUUUCGUAUCGUCCACGGUGGGGUUAUUCAUUCCCAUUUAGAUCGAAAGGGUUUCGAGACUUCAUAUAUGCGAAUGAUGAUGGCGUUUUCGCUACGGCAUACACAUAUAGAAAUGAUGAAACUGGUAUCACUGUCACACUGAUACCGUUACGUCACUUUGCGCAUCCUCAAUUCUUUCACCAAGUGGAUUUGCUUUGUUGUCAGCAUCAGUCAGUGCUAAUGGAAGGCCGAACGCCCAUGUCUGGAGCACCAUAUUCAACAAUUGUGCCACCUCGUGAACUUUCUGCUGUUGUCAGACCCAAAGAACAUGAGGAUUCGGAAGGUUGGGAGCCGCGGGAAACGGAACUUUUUUGGCAGCCGUUUUCUUGGGGAGUCAGCAACUCGCCCAACUUCACUGUUGUUCAUGCUGCCGAUAAGUAUGACUAUGAGCGAAUACCGUGGUGGUUCUCCCUGCGGUUUAACUUACCAAUCGUGGGGAGCUUGGGCAGGGAAAAGCAUUGCAUAAACAUGAUAAACCAUCUUAAGACUCAAGGAUACAAAUCUUUUGCUAUUCCAUGGGGUGCUUCCCAUAUGCCUAUUUUUAACGAAAUCCUCAUAGACAAUGGUUUUGAGAAUGUUGGGAUGUGUUCGCUCGUCGUCGUCAGGCGCUGCGAUGGUGACAUAAGCGCGGGAGAGCACGAAAGAAUGUAUCGUUUGCAGAAGCGUCGUGAUAAUAUGGGCACAAUUGGCUGGUUAAUAGCUACAGUUUGUUCGUUAACUGUAUUGAGAAGCUUUGUCACAGUUGAUUAUACAAAGGGCUGA